UCUCUCUCUUGUGACAUGCAUAGAUCUUUCGAGAAAUAAUUUCUCGGGAAGAAUUCCAGAAUCAUUGACAAUGAUAGGCUUGCGCGUGUUAAACCUAUCUGGAAACCACAUGAUUGGGAAGAUUCCUCAAGAGAUUAAUCAAUUGCAAGAGCUAGAAUCGAUGGACCUCUCGAACAAUCUAUUCUCUGGUGGCAUUCCUCCGAGCAUGUCAUCAAUGAAUUCCUUGGGCGCAUUGAACUUGUCCAACAACAAUUUGUCAGGUCUAGUUCCUUACGCUGACCACAUGAUUACAUUUGAUGCCUCAGCAUACUAUGGAAACGAAGAUCUUUGCGGUCCUCCUCUUCCUAAGACGUGUGAUAGUCAUGAGUUAGUUGCAAGAUUUAACAAUGAUGAGGAUUUGAGAACUGGGCCACCGGAGGUCCGACAAUUUUGGAUCAGUGUGGGCUUGGGAUUUGGGAUUGGAUUUGGAGGAUGGUUCUCAGUUCUAGCCUUUAAAAGGAAAUGGAACCAUGUAGUUCUCAAAGUCAUGGACUUCAUCGUUAAGAUUUUGAUCACGCGAUUGCAACAUUUAUUUCCCAUAAGAAAUAGGUGAUGAGUUUAUAGUUAUAUAACCAGUUUCAGAAGAUUAGAGUGUGAAGAAGUGUGUAAGAAUGUCGUAUUGGAUAUGUAAUCUUAUUAGGUGCUUGUAUUGUUUGGAUGUAAGUCUGUUGUAUAAUAUGUUCAUGUCAUCUGUGUUUGUUUUGUAUAUCCUUUUCAUGUUCAAUGAAAUUUUCUUU